AGCGCUUUUGCCAGAGUUCCAUGCCCGCAACUGGCUGUCAGCACAGCCCCGAAUCUGGCCCUGAUCGUAGCCACAUUUUGGCGCCGACAACUUACAACACAGCUCAGAUCAAGACAGAUCGCGGAUACCGGACAGCGGAUGGCCCAAUGUGGCCGAGGGGAGCGGGGUCGAUAGGUGAGGCUGCGAGCUGUAAACGCGGCCAAAAGCUGAGGCCAAAAUGUUUGUCGUUGCCUAUUGCGUCGGCCCAAAGCGCUGAGCUUCGCUAUCGGCGCUCGGCAACUUUUCACACAAAGUGACUGAGCUGCGAGGCAACUCGAAAAUAAAACACACACGAAAACAGUUUGCCAAGCGAGAGCGCCCGUGGAGCACGUUUCUUGCCAGCGGUGUUUAAUUUUUUCGGUUCCUAUCCACGAGUUUUUCCAACUCACAAUGAGAAAAUCAUCGAGAGGAUUUCAGGCAGCGCGGUCCGCCGAAUGCGAAUCCAGAGAAGCUGAAGAUGGAAAAGGAGAAGAAGCCACCUCCUCGGUACGCCUGCUAAGGAUCCCCAGGGCGGCGCCUGGCAUCGACCACUACGGAUUCCAUUUGACCCGCAGCAAGUGGGACCCCUAUCCCUGGGUAUGCGAUGUGGCAGCUGGCACACCUGCCGCACUCUGCGGCCUCAGGCCCGGCGACUGUGUUCUGGAGGUCAAUGGCACUGAUGUACUGGGCUUGAGAGUAGCUGAAGUCGCCCGAAUUGUGAAGAGCCAGGAGGAUGCCGUAACAUUGCUCUGCUGGAGCAGCAACUGUGAAAAGGACUGCGAUAAGAACAGCAUCUGCUGCGCCCCCAUGCCCACCAGCCUGCGCCGCCUCUCCCUCGUCCUGGAAAGCAUCCUGCGGCUGAUUGAGUGUCCUGUAUGCAGCAUCACCAUCGCUCCGCCUGCAAUGCAGUGCCAGAACGGGCACCUGGUCUGCGUGGACUGUCGCAUACGCUCAGAGCGCUGUCCGGUCUGCCGGGACUUCUAUACGCCAAGCCGGGCCCUGUUGGCGGAGCAGAUUUACCUGACCAUUGUCAACGCAUUCGAGAUGUGCCGCCAGGAGGAUAAGCUGCGACAGAAACUCUUUGCGGGGAUCACGCGACCUAUACCCGGCCCCACGCUGGCGGAAAGAACAGCCCGGCUUACGGGGCAGGACACUUGGCGGAAGCGCAAGCCGGUUUUGCCAACGAACAGAUUCCUGACCAAGCUGCUCGAGGGUUGCGCCUACUCCAUGGACAACCUCUCGCCCUCGAACGCGGCCACCCUGCUACGGACCACUACCAGGGAUAGCCGCAGGCACUCCAGCGGAAUCCGAGCGACAACUAUGGACGCCCCGCCUGACGGGAAUGCGGAGUCUGCGAAUGAUUUACAGCGCGAAGGAGUUGAACCAAGAGCCAAGGGCGUUGACGAGGUCUCGCAAUCGGAAUCGGACAGCAGUCACAGCUCUGCCAUGGAGGAGCAGCCGCCUCCGCCUGUCAGCGAACAGUCCGCACCGCCUGUCACUCCUUGCCCAGACCUGCCGGAGCAUGUUGAUGCUGUCCAGGCUAAGCCGGCCUCGGUGUCCGCGCUCUGCCGCUGUCCCUGCGAUAUGGAACCACGGGGCGAGGGUCAGACGCUGCACCAGAACUACUGCUACAAAUCCGCUUUCCGUUUGCUUUGAGCUUCAGCAUCUCAAUCAGCGGCAUUCCCUUUACAGCAGGAGCCCCUGAGCCUCCGCCGGCUCCUCCUACUCGUCCUACUUAUACUCCCACUCCUGCUGGGGGCCCUUACUAAUUAAAUGAAAUGCCAGUUCCUUUGCCAAAGUUGCUUAUCGCGCGAAGAAACGAACUGCGCAAAGGAAUUGAAUGGCUGUCGGCCCCGGACAAAGGCCGAGAUGGAGAUGCAAAGAAGUUCGUCCGGAGCUGGUGCACUCUGUCACUCAGUGAACUGCAGCCAAGAGUUCCUCCCGGGAAGCCGAGUUAAGUUUUAAUUUAAUCACUCCUGAACGCUUCAAUGACUUUGUGUCAUUUGGCGUCAAACUUGGACUCCUCGAUAAUGAACCCGGGGAGUCCGCAAUGUCAGAGCUAUUUGAUAGAUGCAUGUUUUAGACUCACACAGACAAAAAUAAUAAGCAUCUUUGCUUUAGAUAAGAAUGCUUGGGAAAAUCUAUUCAUUUACGAGAGAAAAUUUAAGCAU